UACGAUAAGACUUGACAGCUUGAAUAAGACUGUGUUUAUAUUGAAAUCGAAUCUCUAUAAAGAGUGCGCAUCUAUGAAUCGAACCAUGGAACUGUAUACUGAUGACUUGGGAUGCCAAUGGAUGGACAGUGACGACUGUCUUCGUCCCCUCCGAUCAUCAUGAUGAAAUGGUCAUAAGUUUCUCUUUAUAUAGCAGUCUCCUCGUCUCUCAUCUCCUUAUGACAACAAAGAAAUUAGAACUCCUGCAAGACAUGUCGACUUCUGAAGAACCUCCCACAGAGGUUCCUCCUGAAGAGGGAGGUGACUCUGGUGAGGAAGAGUAUGACUACGGGGAUAGUGAAGAGAAGGAGAGCGAUAGCGAUGCGAAUAGACUCAGUGAAUUGGCAGAAGCAUUGAUGUAUAACGCAACUGGUUCGUUCUCCCAGUCAGAGGAGGGAACCCCCCUUGGUUUCCCAAAAAUCAAGCUGCAAGAAUGCCAGCACAGCCUGGCUGAUCUUCAAGCGGCGGCAGCCAAGGCGAAUAUCAAGGUUCGUCUUGCAUCCCCCCUAUGGUCAAAAAGCUAUCUACCCGCUGCUGAUGGAGUCUCGAGGACUGUAAACGAGACGCCUGUAUCGACACCUUCAUUGUUGGCGUGGCAAAAAUCCUGGGUACCGACGUACAAAAGAAGAAGAAGAAUGCCCCGUUCGACGAGAUUGAGAAGCGUCCAGAGGAUUUCAGGGCGCUGGCGCAAGAGCUUCAGGCAAAUCUGAAGCAGCUUCUCCCAGACUAUAGCUUCGAGGAGCCGAUCCUGAAUGACGAGGGUCUCAAGAAAGCUGUCAAGAACCGCUGGAAAAGAUGGGAGGAGUUGGGCGGAGGCACUGGGCCAGCCGAGCCAGAUGCCUUCAGAAACGCACUUCUGGAAACCCUGAUGGAGCAACACGUAACGGGUGAGAUGUUGACGCCGCCAGAGGAGUUUGUCGGCAAGUGUCGUAAGCUGAGGAAUCGCAUCGAGGACGAGAGAAAAUCUUCCUCUUUCACCUGCGGAGGUACCAUAACGAUUCAAGGACAUGGAGGUGAGCAGAAAGAAGCGGAGGAGACAUCUCUUCACAGCUCGCCUUCCUUGAAUCUGUUCUGGAAG